UGGUGUUCCUCUGUCGUCAUCUGCCACAGUUCCUUGGACUUUCUUUCCAUCUCCCCUCUUCUAGUGUUUUGUCAUCCCAGACCGGAACCACCAACUUCAAAACCAAACUUUCCCUCUCUUCGCUAUUGUUGCUCAAAUUAUACUUCGCCAAACACCUUGUUUGGCUUGUCAUUUCGCUCUGCCGUAGCAGCCACCUUCCAGCCUUUCUAGUUCUGCGGUACUAUCAUGUCCCACGAUCCGUACCGUACCUCGGCCCCCGACCUCCCCCGCGCCGAGCGCUGGGAUAGGGAUCGCUUCUAUUACGGGCGAGACCGAGACCAGUUUAGCGAUUCGCACUCGCACUUCGAAGAAGACGACCACGUCUACUCCCGGACGGGCCCGCCCCCGCGCGGACCGGUCCGCCGUCAAGAACCACCCCGCCGAGCCUUCGACGAUGACAUCGGACGUGAACGCCGAGUGUAUUACGACGAUGAUCCUCGACUUGCUCGCCGCUCGCCGCCUGGCAGCGACUUCGACCGGAGGGUAACGGUUGAUAGAGAGCGGACCUACGCCCGCAGCCCAUCGCCACCAAGGCGGCCCGGCAUGCUUCUUCGUCGCCAGUCGAGUUUGGAUACCUUCGACCGCAGGCCACGAGGCUACCCCGAGCGCGAGGAGUACGGCCCUCCGGCGAGGAGAGAUGACUAUCGCGCCCCUCCCUACGUACCCAUCCCUCUGCCCAGAUCUAAGGGGCUGCCCCCGCCGAGGUACGGCGGCCGGGAGUAUCACGAGGAGAUCCGAGUCUCCGAUCCGGACCACUUUGGCGACGACGAUUUCCGGCCCCCGUACCCCGAGCGAGUUCGCGAGAAGGAGAUAAUCCGCACGCGCAGGCGGGACCGCAGCCGGGAGUCCAGAGCCACUCGCUCCCACGCCAGGAGCAGCUCUCGGUCGUCUAGUGUAUCGAGCAGCUCUGCCAGCAGCGGCGGCGGGACGUCGGUUAAGAGCGAGUACCCCAAGAAGGGAAAGACGCGUAUCCCCGCACGUCUUGUUUCCAAGCGCGCCCUCCUCGACCUCAACUAUCCUUACCUGGAGGAGGGACACACCAUUGUCGUCCAGAAGGCUCUCGGCCAAGUGAACAUCGAUGAUCUCCUCAAACUGAGCGAAGAGUACAAGAAGAGCGACUUGGAGCUUUCCAGUGCCCGCUCGCACACCGAAGAGUUCGUCGAAGAGCGCCGCCAAGAAGUAUUCGUCUCGCCACCCGCCGUGGUAGUCCCAGCCGACCCGCCACAGCUCGAGGUCGUGGACACGACCGUCAUCCGGCGGAGGUCGCCCUCCCGCAGCUCCCGCCGCUCGCACUCGACAUCGGCGACGUCGCACAUACCCGUCGUCGUCGACGCCCGCCCACGCGAGGUCUCCAACGAGAUCGCCGUGGGGCCCCUGGCGCUCGUCGAAGCCUCGCACCACCACCACCACCACUCGCACCACCGUGGGGGCUCGACGUCGGAGCGGUCGAUCCGGUCCGAGAUCCGCGAUCUGGAGCGCGAGCUCGCGAGGCGCGAGCGCUACGGCGGCGGGGGCGAGCUCGUCAGGGCGGAGAGGCUGCCCACCGGGGAGCUGGUGCUGUACGAGGAGGAGGUCGAGAAGGUGGAGCUGCCGAGCCGCGGGGUCAGGAUCGAGAAGGACAAGAAAGGUCCGCCGCCGCAGCUUAUGAAGGCUAUGUUGGCUACGCUCACUUGAGGUUUGGGUUGGCUAUAUUUGGUUUGGAAAGUGGUGAGAGUAAAACUAGGUUGGUGUCACGGGUCCUUGGCGACGCGAAGCGUGGCGAGCAAGUGAAUCUUCUUGCAGAAAGGUCUUUCUUCUUCUUGUUCUUCUUCUUUUUUGAUAUCCCGGGUAACAGAGGAUGCCUUACAGUUUGCUCUGGAUCAGACAGGUUUCUAUGUAUCUUACGAUGGCAUGACAAUUUCCUUUUUCCUACUCUUGAUACACAUCGGGGCAGUUACGGGUGAAUUGCAUACGAGCAGGCACAAUAAAUGGUGGUCCAACUUUGGCGUUUCAGAGAUUUUGUUUGUGAC